GACGUCAGCCAGGUGCCGGGGAGCUGCUGCCCGGCUCUCCACGAGCGUCGCUCCGUCGGGCCGGCUGGGUCUGGUUGGGUCUCCGUCGAGCUGGGUCUGGUGGACGCUGAGCGGCGAAGCCCCUUCCCGAGCCGCGGCCUCGAGGCGGUUCCCGGCGGCCGGGCCCGGAAGGCGCGGGUCCGACACGGCCGCGGACGGCGACGUGGGCCGGGCGCGAGGAGUGACCUACAGUGUGUGUGCCAGCGGGCACAAAGUCGCCCGGACAGCAGACUGUGACACUGUGCCUCCAGCACUCCCAGCUUCCAGUCCCUGAAUCAGAAAAGUAAUUCAACCCUAAAACCCUUUCUUCAGAACGCUCAGCUUCCAGCAUUCUCUGUGGGCCGAGCUCUCCUUAGACCUUCAGCAAGUGUGAGUGCGGACUGCACAUCCGGGACUCUGUUACUAGGGAAGAGAAGAUGGCGAUGGCCUCAGCAACUGUGGUGGUUCCCACAGAGUGGAUCAAGAACUGGGAGAAAUCUGGGAGAGGCGAGUUUUUGCGUUUAUGCCGGAUUCUCAGUGAAAGUAAAAGCCGUGACACUUUGGCUUGUAGAGAUUUCCAACAAGCUCUCUAUGAAUUGUCAUACCAUGUCAUUAAAGGAACUUUAAAGCCUGAACAGGCAUCAAAUGUUCUCAGUGACAUCAGUGAAUUUCGUGAAGAUAUCCCGCUUAUUCUUGCUGAUAUAUUCUGCAUAUUAGACAUUGAGACGAAUUGUUUAGAAGAAAAAAGCAAGAGAGAUCACUUUACACAAUUGGUAUUAGCAUGUUUAUAUUUAGUUUCAGACACAGUUCUAAAGGAACGCUUGGAUCCAGAAACAUUGGAAUCAUUAGGCCUUAUUAAGCAAUCACAGCAGUUCAAUCAAAAGUCAGUUAAAAUCAAGACAAAACUCUUUUAUAAACAACAGAAGUUCAAUUUGUUAAGAGAAGAAAAUGAAGGUUAUGCCAAGCUUAUUGUUGAAUUGGGGCAAGAUUUAUCUGGAAAUAUUACUAGUGAUUUAAUCUUAGAAAUUCUCAAAUCUUUAAUAGGAUGCUUUAAUCUGGAUCCCAAUCGAGUUUUGGAUAUCAUUUUAGAAGUGUUUGAGUGUAGGCCAGAACACCAUGACUUCUUUAUAUCUUUAUUAGAAGCCUACAUGAAUAUGUGUGAACCACAAACACUGUGUCAUAUUCUUGGAUUCAAAUUCAAGUUUUACCAGGAGCCAAAUGGUGAGACUCCAUCAUCUUUGUAUACAGUUGCAGCAGUACUUCUGCAGUUUAAUCUUAUUGAUUUGGAUGAUCUUUAUGUACACCUUCUUCCAGCUGAUAGUUGCAUUAUGAAUGAAUACAAACGAGAAAUUGUGGAAGCUAAGCACAUUGUUAGAAAACUUACUAUGGUUGUGUUGCCUUCUGACAAAAGUGAUGAACGAGAGAAAGAAAAGAAAAAAGAUGAUAAAGUAGAGAAGGCACCUGACAAUCAAAAACUUGGUUUGUUGGAAGCCUUGUUAACUAUUGGUGAUUGGCAGCAUGCACAGAGUAUUAUGGAUCGGAUGCCUCCGUACUAUGCAGCAUCACAUAAAGUAAUAGCCCUUGCUAUUUGCAAUCUUAUACACGUAACUAUUGAGCCUCUUUACCGAAGAGUUGGUGUUCCUAAAGGUGCUAAAGGCUCACCUGUCAAUGCUUUACAAAGCAAGAAGUCACCAAAGCAGGCAGAGAGCUUUGAGGACUUAAGGAGAGACAUAUUCAGUAUGUUCUGUUAUCUUGGUCCUCACCUUUCCCAUGAUCCCAUCUUAUUUGCAAAGGUUGUGCGCAUAGGCAAGUCAUUUAUGAAGGAAUUUCAGUCUGAUGGGAAACAAGAAAAUAAAGAGAAAAUGGAAGUUAUCUUUAGUUGUUUGCUUAGUGUUACUGAUCAGGUACUGCUUCCAUCUCUUUCUUUGAUGGACUGCAAUGCGUGUAUGUCAGAGGAACUAUGGGGAAUGUUUAAAACAUUUCCUUAUCAGCAUAGAUACCGCUUAUAUGGCCAGUGGAAGAAUGAGACUUACCACAGUCACCCACUUUUAGUAAAAGUUAAAGCCCAUACAGUAGACAGAGCCAAGUACAUCAUGAAGCGUCUAACCAAGGAAAACGUGAAGCCUUCAGGAAGGCAGAUUGGGAAACUGAGCCACAGCAAUCCAACCAUUUUGUUUGAUUAUGUCUUGUCACAAAUACAGAAGUAUGAUAACUUAAUAACACCUGUGGUAGACUCAUUGAAGUAUCUCACUGCGUUGAAUUAUGAUGUUUUGGCCUACUGUAUCAUCGAGGCAUUAGCUAAUCCAGAAAAAGAAAGAAUGAAACAUGACGACACAACCAUCUCAAGCUGGCUUCAGAGUCUGGCUAGUUUCUGUGGUGCGGUUUUUCGUAAAUACCCAAUUGAUCUUGCUGGUCUUCUUCAGUAUGUAGCCAAUCAAUUAAAGGCAGGCAAAAGUUUUGACCUGCUUAUAUUGAAAGAAGUGGUUCAAAAGAUGGCAGGAAUAGAAGUUACAGAAGAAAUGACAAUGGAGCAGCUAGAGGCUAUGACUGGUGGGGAGCAGCUGAAAGCGGAGGGUGGAUAUUUUGGCCAGAUAAGAAACACUAAAAAAUCCUCUCAGAGAUUGAAGGAUGCACUACUGGACCAUGAUCUUGCCCUUCCUCUUUGUUUGCUUAUGGCUCAGCAGAGGAAUGGGGUGAUCUUUCAGGAAGGCGGAGAGAAACAUUUGAAACUUGUAGGAAAGCUGUAUGACCAGUGUCAUGAUACUUUGGUACAGUUUGGUGGAUUUUUAGCAUCAAAUUUAAGCACAGAUGACUACAUAAAGAGAGUACCUUCAAUUGAUGUGCUUUGUAAUGAAUUUCAUACACCCCAUGAUGCAGCAUUUUUUCUGUCUCGGCCAAUGUAUGCACACCAUAUUUCAUCAAAGUAUGAUGAACUUAAGAAAUCAGAAAAGGGAAGUAAACAGCAACAUAAAGUUCAUAAGUACAUUACAUCAUGUGAGAUGGUGAUGGCUCCUGUCCAUGAAGCAGUGGUCUCCUUACACGUUUCCAAAGUCUGGGAAGACAUCAGCCCUCAGUUCUAUACCACAUUCUGGUCUCUCACAAUGUAUGACCUUGCAGUUCCACACACCAGCUAUGAACGAGAAGUCAAUAAACUCAAGAUCCAGAUGAAAGCAAUUGACGACAAUCAAGAAAUGCCUCUGAAUAAAAAGAAAAAAGAGAAAGAGCGCUGUACUGCCCUCCAGGACAAGCUUCUUGAAGAAGAAAAGAAACAGAUGGAGCAUGUACAGCGAGUGCUACAGAGACUGAAAUUGGAAAAGGACAACUGGCUCUUAGCAAAAUCCACUAAAAAUGAGACCAUCACAAAGUUUCUCCAGUUGUGUAUAUUUCCUCGAUGUAUUUUUUCAGCAAUUGAUUCUGUUUACUGUGCUCAUUUUGUUGAGUUGGUUCAUCAACAAAAGACUCCAAAUUUCUCCACACUUCUCUGCUAUGACCGAGUUUUUUCUGACAUAAUUUACAUGGUUGCUAGCUUUACUGAAAAUGAAGCUAGUCGAUACGGGAGAUUUCUUUGCUGCAUGUUAGAGACUGUGACUCGGUGGCAUAGCGACAGAUCCACCUAUGAGAAGGAAUGUGGAAACUAUCCAGGAUUCCUUACUAUAUUACGAGCAACUGGAUUUGAUGGUGGAAAUAAAGCUGAUCAGUUAGAUUAUGAGAAUUUUCGACAUGUUGUACAUAAAUGGCAUUAUAAACUAACCAAGGCAUCGGUACAUUGCCUUGAGACGGGUGAAUAUACUCAUAUCAGGAAUAUCUUGAUUGUGCUAACAAAAAUACUGCCAUGGUACCCCAAAGUUUUAAAUCUGGGUCAGGCUUUGGAAAGAAGAGUGCAUAAGAUCUGCCAAGAAGAGAAAGAAAAGAAGCCAGACCUGUAUGCACUAGCGAUGGUCUACUCUGGGCAGCUGAAAAGCAGAAAGACAUACAUGAUACCUGAAAAUGAAUUUCAUCACAAAGAUCCUCCUCCAAGAAAUGCUGCUACAAGUGUACAAAAUGGGCCUUGUAGUGGCCUGCCAUCAUCCAUAGGAAGUACAUCUAAGUCAGAUGAGAGCAGUAUUGAAGAGGCUGACAAGUCACGGGAAAGGUCUCAGUGUGGUGUGAAAGCUGUUAAUAAAGCUUCUAGCACCAUACCAAAAGGGAAUUCAAACAAUGGAAUUAGUGGCUCUAACACCAAAGCUGUUAAGGAAAAUGACAAAGAAAAGGGGAAAGAGAAAGAAAAAGAGAAAAAAGAGAAGACCCCAGCUGUUAUUCCAGAGGCUAGGGUACUUGGUAAAGACAAUAAAGAAAAACCCAAGGAAGAGCAGCCAAGUAAAGAUGAGAAAAUAAGAGAUACCAAGGAAAGAAUGCCUAAAUCUGACAAAGAUAAGGAAAAAUUAAAGAAGGAGGAGAAAGCUAAAGAUGAGAAGUUUAGGAUCAUCGUCCCCAAUGUAGAAUCAAAAUCCACUCAAGAAAGAGAAAAAGAGAAAGAGCCAUCAAGAGAAAGAGACUUAGCAAAGGAAAUGAAAUCAAAAGAAACUGUUAAAGGAGGGGAAAAAACACCAGUUUCUGGGUCCUUGAAAUCCCCUGUUUCCCGAACAGAUACUGCAGAGCCCGAAAGAGAAAAACGUCGAAAGGUUGAUUCCCACCCUUCUCCAUCCCAUUCCUCCACAAUAAAGGACAGUCUGGUCAAACUCAAGGAGUCUUCAGCAAAGCUCUACAUCAACCACACUCUACCGCCAUUGUGCAAGAGUAAGGAGAGAGAAACAGACAAGAAAGAUUUGGACAAGUCAAGGGAAAGAUCCAGAGAAAGAGAGAAGAAAGACGAAAAGGACAGGAAAGAGCGGAAAAGGGAUUAUUCAAACAAUGACCGGGAAGUGCCCCUAGACUUAAUCAAAAGGCGGAAGGAUGAAAAUGGAAUAUUGGCGGUUUCAAAACACAAAAGUGAAAUUCCCUGUGAGUCUCCUUAUCCAAAUGAGAAAGACAAGGAAAAAAAUAAGUCAAAGUCCUCAGGCAAAGAAAAAGGUGAUUCAUUUAAACCUGAAAAGAUGGAUAAAAUAUCCAGUGGGAAAAAGGAGUCUGGACAUGAUAAAGAAAAGGUAGAAAAGAAAGAGAAAUGGGACAGUUCUGGAGAUAAGGAAGAAAAGAAGCAUCAUAAGUCCUCAGACAAGCACAGAUAAUGAAGACUUUCAGCCAAGAGUGUGGGCAGGCCUCUGAGCUAAAGGUUUCCCUGCAGAGGAUGCCAGAGCUCUGUGUCACUCUCAAAACAAUAUCUUCUUUAAUUAAGAGCUCUUGGUGCUGUCCAUCUUAUGAGAAUCUGCUUUAAGUCAGAAGAUGAAUAUGCAUCACCAUCCUCUUGAGACAUUGCAAAGUCACUGGUUUUCAGACCAUUAUUUUCACCUCCGGGCAGUUUCUUGCAGCAAGAUCCCUGUGCGUACAUUUUUUUCUUGAAACACCACCACCCAGAAACAGCAUCUAUGAAAUUUUCACCAGCUGAGUCUUAGAUCACCCUUAAUAAAGGACCUGCUGUGCAUUUACCAGUAUAUAAGAAAUGGGCUAUGAUUAAUAUAUUGAUAAAGGCAAAGAGACCACUUGACUGAGUCACAUUCCCAAAGCUCCUCUGAACACUGCAUAAGUUCCUAUAGAGCAUGAGCAUGUCCUCAAUCUGCAGUGCCUUUUCCAAUGUGCUACUUCAUCUCACAUCAUUGAUAAAGAGAAAUUUGUACAGCUCCUACUAUGUGCCAGACCCUGUUCAAAGAUAGAGUAUCUCCUCUUCCUCACAGAAUGCCUCUAAGUUGGAUCUACACAAGUGGAAUUGUGUAGAGUGGAAGAAGAGAACGAGAGUUACCUCUGGAGAACAGUUGCAGUGGAGCAGGCUAUUUAUUACCUGAAUGUGUCAAGAAGUAGGGAGGAACCAGCUGCCCACAUUGCUGGCUUUGGAAAACAUCUGGCUGGAUCAAGAAACCUAGUCAACUUUUAGUGACUUUUCAUUGUACAACACCAACAUCAACCUGUUCUGUGGGUCAGGUGUGUACUGCAGGCUUAUGGCCUUCCUAUUUCUAACCAGUUGUCUAGACAUGUCCUAUUCUGAAUAUGGACUAGGGAAAAAUACCCUUCCUGCCACUACAUUGACAAAGGAUACUAAGGGUCCAGGCUGAUAGCAAGGUAAGAGUUGAAGCUACAGAUUGAUGGGAUAAGAGUAUUUGACAAACGGAUAGAAGAAUAUUAUGAUUUAUAGAGGACUUUAAUUCCAGGGUGCUGGAGAUGUAGCUCAGUUGAUAGAGUGCUUGCCUAGCAUGCACAAAACCUGGCUUGAUUCCCCAGGACCACUUAAAUGGGUUAUGGUGGUCUGUGCCUGUGAUGCUAUCCUUGGGAAGUGAAGGCAGGAGAUUAGAAGUUUAGCAUAAUCCUCAGUCCUCAGCUACUUAGCAUAUCUAAGGCCAGCCCAGUCUACAUGAAACAGUCCCAGUCAAUCAAUCAAAACAAAAUAAAACAACAACAUUUUAAAUAGAGGAGAGCUAGUUCAGCUGGUAAAGUGCUUACUGAGGAAGCAUGUUGACCCAAGUUCAGGGUCACAGCUAGGCAUAGUAGCACACACUUGUAAUCCUAACACUGGGGUGGGGGUGGGGAGGGCACUGAAGAGUGACAUCCAAGAUAGACCUCUGGCUUGUGCAUGCACCCACACACAUGAACAUACAGAUGCUCAAAAGAACCUUAAUCCAGUGUAAAUUCAUCCCAAUUCUGUAAGCUUUCUAGAAAAAGCACCCCUUCCCAACCCCCACCCCUACCCCCAGCAACUGCCUUUAACCAUUACUGGGGUAAUCAGUAUGUUCACCAUUGUUUUUCAUGACUCCUUUCUCCUUUCCCUCCUUUUUCCAUUCACAGUUGACAGCCACACUUUCAGAUCAGUCAGAGAAUUCAGGGGCCUGGUAGGUUCCCAGUUGUUUGCCCAUGUUUAAGAAUCUCCCAAGACACAAAGUUCUUUCAAAAACUUUGAUGAUGCUACCAUGACCACUCUGGGAAACAGUAAGGAAAUAGACACACUUCACUAGCUUCUCUGGGAACUCUUAUUUGCUGAUGCAUUGAUCCUGUAUUUCUCAGACAAAGUAUUUGUACAGGUACUGUUUUUGGCUCUUGGGACAUAUCAGUGGGAAACACAGACCCUUACCCACACAGCUUGCUUUAAGCAAGAAUGAGAUGGAUGGUGAACAGUAAACAAAAUAAACUGUGUAGUACCUUAGAUAAACAGUGCAUCUACCGUAGAUCAAAAUGUCAAGCAGAGCAAGGAAGGUUCACAGUUCACACUGAGUAUCAUGUUGCAACACUGGAAGAUCAGUCACAUGGAUUACACAUAUAUUACCAUUCAAUAUAGUCUCAUAAUAUAUAUGUAUACUUUGUCAUAAUUUUCUACAUUAAAUUCAGUUCUGCUUUAAUUUCACAAACUCAGCGCUGGCCAGUUGUAACUAAGAUGAAUCAAAGUGCAUUGUAAUUACUGUCAAGCUUUUUCUAAUGAUUCCUGUGAAAAACAGGACAGGAGAAUGAUAGGCAGGUAAGUGACAAUUAAAAGUCAAUAGAAUGUCUUGAGUAUAUCUUUCACUCCCAAGAUUUUAAGGAUGAACAUAAUCAAGGCAGUUCCUCCAUGACUUUACAGUUUUCUUGGUUUCUGGAUGCGGUUGACAGAUUCAGAGCCACAUCUUAAGAUGCAUAGAUCACUUUCUUCUCUUGAGUUCACUCUGAGGCUGUCACAAGGUAAUGCAUUUUCAGUAUUGCUCUGUUGAAAAUACACUUCAAAAGUUAACUAGUAAAGAAUGGAAGAUUUGACAAAGGAGAGGGAUUCUCAUUUAACCACAGUUCUUGUCUUGAUUGCUGAUGUUAGAGCUUACAUGAAUUCUGAAAGGACAGCCUCCAGGUGUGGCCACUUGUCCAGAAAUGGAGGCAGUGGUAAUAUUGACUGUUAAAUUUAGAAACUUUCAAAUUAUGCAGCUGGGCAUUUUAUUUUGCUAAUAAGAUGGUGCCAUUAAGUGUAUCAUUUCACUUUCUCAGUAUGACAUCUCUCCAGUGGGAACUUGUCAAGAAAAGUCUUCUAGUUAUAGUAAACACACAAGAUCAGUGCCAUCAGUGUGGCUGUAAACAGUAUUUCAGACCACAGCAGGUUCUGAGUACUGUGGUCUGUAAAGCCCUGGGAAGGGGAGAAAACUAUCCCAAGGCCAACUCUGCACUUGUAAUAUGAUGUGACGUAACUGAGUGACUGGUCCAGUCCCUAAGAAGUGAGGGUUGGAGUGCUGCUGAAGCACACAUGGGACAUGAAAUUGGGGCAUUAAGGAAGGUCGAGGGAAGCAGGGGCUGCAGGAGAUGAAGGUGGAGGAGGAUCUACUAAGAUAGUGUUCAGAGAUGCCACAGUGUAGCCUAAUACCUUAUAUGCUAUUCUUCAGUCCAAGGCUUGUGUUUUCUCAUAGUGUAGAAUGCCAUCCAGCUCUUAGAAAGGCUUAUUUGUUGAUGAAUUUUUUUAUUUAAAAAUUAUACAGUAAUCAAAGAAUUAAAUAUAUACACACACGUGUAUUUUAUGAUCUAAGAUAUAUGCAUAUGUUUAUAUGUGUGUGUAUGUGUUUAUCUUAGGUUCUAUGCAUAUCCUAAGAAGGAAAUAAUACUUUGGGGUAGAUGGUCUUAUGAAGUCUUCUUUCAUAGCCCAUGCUCCUACAUGGAACUAGUGAUGAUGAUCAACAUUAUUUUUUAACAGGUUGAUGUAACUUGUGGUAGCAGGUUUUUGUUAUUGCUUUUUUUCUUUUCUUUCUUUUUUUUUUUUUGUUAAGAAAAUUUUGUUUUCAUUUUACACACCAAUCAGAGAUCCCCCCUCUUCCCUCCUCCCUCUCUUCCCCCCCAACCGACCAACCCAUUCCUCCCCACAAGAAGGCAAGGCCUCCCAGGGGGAGGCACAUCCAGUAGAGGCAAGUCCAAGCCCUUCUCCCUGCCUCAAAGCUGCACAAGAUGUCCCAUCAUAGGUAGUGGGCUCCAAAAAGCCCCCUCAUGCUCCAGGGAUGAAUUCUGAUUCUACCACCAGGGGGCCCCCCAAGCAAAUCAAGCUACACAAUUGUCUUGCCAUGCAGAGGGCCUAGUCCAUUCCCAUGCAGGCUCCACAGCCAUUGAUCCAACUUUCAUGAGUUCCCACUAGUUUGGUUUGGUCAUCUCUGCAGGUUUCCCCAUCAUGAUCCUGAUGCACUUGCUCAUAAAAUCCCUCUUUUCUCUCCAACUGGACUCCUGGAGGUCUGCCUAGUGUUUGGCUGUGGAUCUCUGCAUCUGCCUCCAUCAGUCACUGGAGAAAAGCUCUGUGAUGACAGUUAGGGUAUUCACCAGUCUGAUUACUGGAGCAAGCCAGUUCAGUUCAGGCACCUUCUCCACUAUAUUUAGUAGCCCAGGCUGGGGCCAUCCUUGGGGAUUCCUGGCAUCUUCCCUAGCACCGAGUUUCUCUCUAUCCCCAUGGUAUCUCCCUCCAUCAUGGUAUUGUUCUCGUUGCUUUCCCACUCCAUCCCUGUUCCAGCUCAACCAUCCCAUUCCUUUCUGUUCUCAUCCCCCUUGCCCUACCCUCCAUUGCCCACCCCUCACCCCAUUUUGCUUAUGGAGAUCUCAUCUAUUUUCCCUUGUAGUGGAAGGACAAUAGAUGGACUGGCUUUCCUGAUUCUGCCUAUGCAUUGUUGUGGCUUAAUUUUAAUGUAGAUUAUUGGUUGAAUUGCCAGGCAGCAUGGUGUAAGUGAUCUGCUACAUCACAGCUUUUGAUUUCUUCUUGGCAGUCUGUGAGAUUUUCUUCUGUUUCUUUAUCCUUCACUAUGUGGUGGAAGACAUACUGAAAAUUUAGAUUCUCAAACUACACUAUCAGGAAUUUAUGUAAUUGCUUGGAUAUUUUGAUCAUCAUGAUAGGUUGGAGAACAAUACUUAAAGCUGUACUGUAUUAUAAAAGCAUGUUAAUUACAGUUUCUGGUUCAUCAUUGUGAAUGUUUAUAUUCAAAAUUUCAGUUAUUUCAACUUCUGUGAGUACUCUCAUUUUUGUAAGAAACUGUUGCAUGAAUCUUAAAGAGUCUUGUUAAUAAAAUCAAACCUGAGGCCAGGUAUUGGGGUGACUGCUGGAAGAUCAGAGAAGCAGAACAAACCACAGCAACCUCACCUUGCCAAUUCCUCAGCUGAUCCUGUUUCCUCAGACUGGAAGCUUCUGAGUCCUCAUCCGAAUGGCUCUCAGCUGAACUGUUGCUCCAAAGCCUGAAAGCUUAACCAGCCAAAUACUACUAGUUUCUGGUUUUCAUGCCUUUUAUAUAUCUUUCUGCUUUCUGCCAUCACUCCCUGGGAUUAAAGGCUCACCUCUUGGGAUUAAAGGCGUGAGUCACCAUGCUUGGCUGUAUCCUUGAACACACAGAGAUACAGGUAGAUCUCUGUCUCUGGAAUGCUAAGAUUAAAGGCGUGUGCUACCACUGCCUAUCCUCUAUGUUUAUUAUUGUGGCUGUUCUGUGACCCCAGAUCAGUUUAUUAGCGUGCACAAUAGGGGAACACAAUACCACUGCAAGAAACCUUUCUGAGUAUGACAUGCAUGGUGUUUACAGUACCCUCUCAACCAUACUGAUCAUGAGAAUAACUCAUGAGCUCAUAUUUAUCUUAACAUGAGACAAAAUUAAUUUUUUCUUCAACUGAUAAUAAAAAUUAAUAUUUAAGUGAAAAAGUGUAAAAUUAGAGCAAGAAGAAACAGCAUGGAAUAUUUUUUAUAGGAGACAUAGUGUAGAAUGUCACAGGGAACAGAAAUUGUUAGAUCCAUCAAGGAUUUCUGUAUGAGAAGCAAGAAAGCAUAAGGGAGAAUGAUGGUGUCAGGGAAAGACAUCUUUCAGAUGUUGUAUCUCUGGCUUCUGAUAGACAUUCAUCUUAUUUUCCCCUCAGCUAAGUCACUUAACUAAGCAUUGUCCUAACUCACUUCCUUCCAGAGGUCUUGUGGAAAGACUAAUUUUUAUAAACUUUUCUUUGAUAAUUUCAGACCUUUUGUUACACCAUGUUAUACAUUUGGAUGUAUAAGUAUGCCUGAUUGUUAACUGCUUAAAUAUUUGGUUUGUGUAUCUUGCCACAUAUUAUUUUGUGUCCAUGCUCCCUGUCCUAAAAAAUGACCCCUUGAAAUUGUGGGAAAUUCUGCAUUACUCUGUUGACAUUUUUUUCUUCUAUUUGCUGUCCUCUUGACAGUGAUUAUUGCCUCCGCCCACUUUCUAAAAUUCAUGUGACCCUGUAAAUAGAUUAUGAAUAAUUUUCCAUUAAAUCUUUUUGACACAGAUAAUAUGAGGUUGGUGAGGUGUCUGAGUGGGUAGAUGCUUUUUCUGCCAAGCCUCCCAGCCUGAGUCUAAUCCCCAGACCCACAUGAUGAAGAACAGAAAGGGCUCCCACAAGUUGUCCUCUUACCGCCUCACAUGCUGUGGCCUCUCCAUACACAUACUUAAAAAUACGAUGUAAGUUUACUGUCCACCUGGGAGAGAAUGAACACAUAGGCCAUGAAAGAGAACUUUGUGGCUAUGUCUUGCAUUACAUCAGCAUUAGUAGCAAUAAUGAUCCUAACAGCUUACUCUUCAGAAGCUAGUGUGAUUUAGGUUGUACACAUAACUGUCUCUUUAUUUGGUGAAGUAAGAGAAGAGCAGAUGUGUGAAAGUCAGAAAAAUAAAGAAAAAUAAGAAUUUAAAAAGAAAAAAAAACAAAUGAAGAUGAUAUUUAGCAAAUAGAAGGGGCUGGAGAGAUGGCUCAGUGGAUAAGAGCACUGGCUGCUCUUCCAGAGGACCCAGGUUCAAUUUCCAGUACCACAUGGCACCUUAAAACCAUCUGUAACUCCAGUUCUUCUGGUGCCUCCGCUGACCUCUGGCUACUGCAUGUAUGUUGCACACAGACAUAUGUGCAGACAAAACACUCAUACACACAAACUAAAGCUAAUCUUUAAAAAAAAAAAAAGGAAAUAAGUAGAAAU